AUGGCGUCCACCAAGGUCCAGCGUAUCAUGACCCAGCCCAUCAACCUCAUCUUCCGUUUCCUCCAGAGCAAAGCGCGCAUCCAGAUCUGGCUCUUCGAGCAGAAGGACCUCCGGAUUGAGGGUCGCAUCAUCGGAUUCGAUGAGUACAUGAACUUAGUCCUCGAUGAUGCUGAGGAAAUCAACGUCCAAGAAAAAACACUAGGAAAUCACUGGGCCGGAUACUCCUCAAAGUGGCAAGUGAAGGUUCUUAUGGCAGGAAUGAUGUUUGGUGCUCGCCUUGAGUAUGUGACAUUGUACUCCAUCCAUCCUUAUCAUGUCAUUGUGGUUUAG